AUGAGAACCUCGAUGUGUUGGCAGCUGCUGCUAUUCCUCUCUGUAUUCCCAUUUGGAGAGACUUUGGACAAGUUUGCUCCCAUUGAGAACCCUGGACUAACAGGACAGCGCGGCCGACUCCUUGCCCACCUGAUUCACUGGGAACGGAGGCCCCGGUGUUCUGAGAAACCAGAAGAGAGAGGACAGACACAGAGACUGGCACUACUCUGUCCCUCUGAUGAGAGCCCUGACCCUCUGUGGCCAGGUCUGUGCCCCACUCGCAGCCGCCUGAUCACUGCACCCCAGGGAGCAUUGCUGGUGGAGCGGGAGAAGGACCUGUCAGCCUACAACUGGAACUCCUUUGGUCUGCGUUAUGGGAAGCGACAGACAAGGAUGGGGAAGGGUCGGGAGAAUGCCUGA